AGAAGCUGAAGCGAGAGGGCUCUGGGGGCUCACACCCAGGGCCGAGCUCCCUUCCUCUCUUCCUCCUCCUCCUUUCUCUGCGCCAGGGCAGGGGAGAGGUGGGUGUCUUGGAACAGGCCUAGGGGCCCCUGAACCAUGGCCACACUGAGCGUCAAGCCCAGUCAACGCUUCCAGUUGUCAGACUGGCACACCAACAGCUACCUGUUGUCCACCAACGCUGAACAGCAGCGAGAUGCAUCACAUCAGAUCCGCCAGGAGACCCGGGUUCUCCGCAAUGAGACCAACAACCAGACCAUUUGGGAUGAACAUGACAAUAGGACUCGACUGGCAGAGAGGGUUGAUACUGUCAACCGAUGGAAGGAGAUGCUGGACAAGUGUCUGACAGAUUUAGAUGCCGAGAUCGACGCCCUGUCACAGAUGAAAGAGUCAGCAGAGCAAAACCUGCAGGCCAAGAACCUGCCUCUGGAUGUGGCAAUGGAGUGCCUGACCCUGCGGGACAGUCGGCGUGACGUUGAUGUGGUGAGAGACGGUGUGGAGGACGAGCUGCACAAAGAGGUGGAGGUCAUCGAUGCCACCAGGAAAGCCUUGCAACAAAAGAUUAGCCAGGCCUUCGAGAAGCUCUGCCUCCUGCAGGAAGUCCGACAGCAGCUCAACUCUGAUCAUCGGGGCAAAAUGGAGGCAUUGGACAUUGACAGAGGCUGCCUCUCUCUCAACAUCAAGUCCCCAAAUAUCUCUCUGAAGAUUAAUCCCACACGUGUCCCCGAUGGCUCCUCCACACUUCAGCAGUGGGAUGACUUCAGUCAGUUCAACAAGAACAGGGCAGAGGCUGAGAUGAAAGAAGCCAUAGAGCUGCGGGAGGCCAUCGCCCUCACUAUUGCCGAGACCAACAAUGAACUUGAGGCCCAGAGGGUUGCAACAGAAUUUGCCUUCAGGAAGCGGCUGCGGGAGAUGGAGAAAGUAUACAGUGAGCUCCAGUGGCAAGAGAAGAAUACAUUAGAGGAGAUCGCUGAGCUACAGCAGGAUAUCCGACACCUGGAGGAGGAUUUGCGCAGAAAGUUCCUGAAUCUGAAGCUAUGCCAUACCCGGCUCGAGUCCAGAACCUACCGACCCAAUGUAGAGCUCUGCCGGGACCAGGCACAGUAUGGCCUCACUGACGAGGUUCACCAGUUAGAGGCAACCAUCGCUGCCCUGAAGCAGAAGCUGGCACAAGCACAGGACGCUCUGGACGCCCUGUACAAGCACCUGGCCCGGCUGCAGGCUGACAUCACCUGCAAGGCCAACUCCAUGCUGUUGGACACCAAGUGCAUGGACACCCGUCGGAAGCUGACUGUGCCCGCUGAGAAGUUUGUGCCUGCGGUGGACACCUUCACCCGCACCACAAACCGCACCCUGAGUCCACUCAAAAGCUGCCAGCUAGAUCUGGCCUAGCCUUGGGGGCUGAGGAGGGAGGGGAAGGUUAGGUGGGAAAUGGAAGAGGAAGUGGGGUUGAAGAGAAUGAAUCUAAUAAA